AUGGCUUCUACGGCCCUGGCUUCUACGCAGUCCUGGUUCACCGUGGUUGUUUUUGCAUGUGCGUUCAAGCUUCUUCUUUUACCAUCUUACUACUCAACAGACUUUGAAGUUCAUCGGAAUUGGUUGGCUCUGACUCAUACACUGCCUCUCUCUAGAUGGUACUUCGAGGACACAUCAAUUUGGACUUUGGAUUAUCCUCCAUUGUUUGCUUGCUGAACAACCUAAAUUAUGAAAGCUGGCAAUGUGUCUUGUUUCAAAGAGUGACAGUCAUUUGUGGUGAUUUUGUUCUUGCGUAUGGUGUGAAAGAAUAUUUGAGUACUCUGAGAGAAAGUGGCCGUUAUGUUUCUGUUGGGCUGAAGAGAGUUGUCUUGUCUGUAUUGAUCUUGUUCAACAGUGGCUUGCUGUUGGUUGAUCAUGUCCAUUUUCAAUACAAUGGAAUGUUGUUUGGAAUUCUUCUUCUCUCAAUAGCAAAAUUGAAAGAGGGUAAUGUCUUGUGUGGAGCAUUUUGGUUCGCUGUUCUAUUGAACUUCAAACAUAUAUAUCUAUAUAUUGCACCAGCGUACUUUGUCUACUUGCUGAGAUCAUACUGUUUUCAAAAGUCAGAUUCUUUCAACUGGGUACCAAAGCUCUCAACAUUUCUUCCCAGAAAUUUUGUGAGGCUAGGUUUUGUAGUUAUUGCAGUAUUUGGAGUUUCAUUUGGACCUUUCCUUGCACUAGGUCAGUUUAAUCAAGUCUUUGUUCGACUGUUUCCUUUUAAGCGUGGAUUAACUCAUGCAUACUGGGCACCUAACUUUUGGGCAUUAUACAACUUUGCUGACAAAAUUGCAGUGUCAAUAGGUUCACAUUUUGGUCUGUCCAUAAGUAAUACCAGUGGGCAAGCUGUUCUAACUGGUGGGCUAGUUGGUGAUAUCGAACACAGUGUACUACCAUCAAUUUCACCUUUGAUUACUCUGUUGUUGACUCUGUUGACUGUUUUGCCUGCAUUAUUGAAAGUUUGGACUCAACCUCACGAUUUUGGUGGAUUUGUUCGUUGCAUUGUUCUGUGUGGAUUGAGCUCAUUUUUGUUUGGUUGGCAUGUUCAUGAGAAAGCAAUAUUGCUAGUUCUGGUUCCUCUGAGUUUGCUUUCAGUUUGCCAUUACUCAGAUGCUGGAAUGUACGUUAUCAUUUCAACAACAGGGCAUGUCUCUUUGUUUCCUCUUCUGUUUUUGCAACAAGAGAAUCCUUUAAGGGUGAACCUAACACUACUUUAUCUCAUGUUUAGCUAUUACGCAUUGGUGUCACUUCCUGUCACACUAAGUGGGCAAAAGGAUAUCUCGAAAGUUGCAUUGCAUCCUGUUCUUGUCCUCUACCUUGUCGGGAUGGCCGCCCUACAGUUUUAUUGUACUGUGUUACAUCCACACACGUCCUGGAGCGAUCACCUGGAGUUUCUUCCCUUGAUGAUGACUUCUGUUUAUUGUGCACUCGGCGUCGUGGCUGUCUGGUUGCAAUGUUACGCCCAGAUGCUGCAGCCUCUGUAGUCGAAGCUUAGAACAGCAUAAUCAUAUUUCACACUUUGACGUUAGAUUGCAGGUGUGUGUGGGAGUGCUACAUCGGUUCUAAUUGAAUUGUCACGCGAGCUCGUGGCCAUUGGUAGAGCUGUGUUGAAUCUGUGCUAACUAGGUGGGCAAGUAAGGAUCUGUUGUCUCUCCUCACUGCUGGUCUCCCCUUCACAAGUGACGCUGUUGUUCCAUUGAACCCACGGUAAAGCUUUGGAGAAGAUACGUGCUGAAACGAGGAAAGAAAGCUUUUUGAUUUAAAGAGAUAACAAGCCAGAUGAUGGGACGACAAUGUUGUGUGCUGCAUGUGACUUUACUGUUACUGUUUUUGCUUGGAGAAACGAUAUCUUGGAGAAGAAGACGUUCUCUUUCCUCGGUGAAUACGGCUUCACCUACCAAUAAACCUGAAAUUACACUUCAGGAUGUUGAUAACUCAAGUGAAGUUACACGUCAGGAUGUUGAUAAUUCAAGUGAAGCUAACAUAGCAAAGUGUGAGAAGCCGAAAGCUGGCCGAGUGUGUGGUAUUCAACUUUUCCAUUCCUUUUAUGGUCAUGGUGGAGAAAAGCUACCGAAACAUUCCAAGCAAAUUUUGAAGAACACGUUUUGCAAAGGUCGAAACUCGUGUGGGAAACAGUGUCAGUGCAGGCGAGAAACAGCUAUCAGGUACUACCGAGGUCGCCCAUUCCGAUUGUGGACAUGCCAACCACCAGAUGAUGAAGAGUUGUUCUUCAGUACCAUCUUCCAGUACAAAGAUUGCUAGUAUAUCAGUAUGACUUAUGCGAUAUGUGGUCUCGACACAGUAUUAUAUUUAAAUGCAGUUUCUGGAGUUGUAAGUAAGCAAGUAAUUGCAUGCUUUAGUUAGUGAUAUCUA